AUGUGUUUGUGCCUUGGUCCCGCUAAGUCUGGAAAAACUUUGUUGAUGAAAAGAUUGCAAGGUGAUGAAAAAAUAGACGAUGCAUCUCAUACUGUACCCACUAAUGGAGUUAAUCUUUUUACAAUAAAAAGCGAUGAUGGACAUUUUGAUAUUAUUGUUAGAGAAAUUGGAGGCAGUAUGGCGCCUAUUUGGCAUCAUUAUUUUGACAGGGUGCAUAAAAUUAUUUAUGUAGUAGAUGCAAGUAAUUUAUGUCAAAUAAGCGCAGCCGGUGUACUUUUAUAUUCACUGUUAGUGGAACCAAAGCUUCAGCACGUUAAAAUUUGUUUUGUACUUGGCAAAAUGGAUUUAUCAUAUCGACAAAUGCGUAAUGAGGCAUUGUUAAUGCUACAUUUUAAUCGUUUAAUACGUGAAGUGAGUCAGAAGAUAACGGUAAUCGAAGCUAGUGGAAUGACUGGUCAGGGUAUUGAGCUUUUACGCAAUUGGAUUUUUGAUCCAGAAACACUGAAAGCUGUUGGAGCAACUGGUAACGCUGCAGCUGCGGCUGCCGCUGCAAAUGUAAUUUUUACCACUAAAAAAUAA